GUUCUCCGCCCUUAACUAAAGCAACUGGACUGCUGAGCAAUUCUAGGGUUUGAAACAUCCCAAUCUCAACCAUGGCGAACCGUACGGACCCGGCGGCGAAGAACAUUAAGGGCACGAAUCCCCAGAAUCUGAUUGAGAAGAUCCUCAGAAACAAGAUUUACCAGAACACCUACUGGAAGGAGCAGUGUUUUGGUCUCACGGCGGAGACGCUGGUGGACAAGGCGAUGGAGCUCGAUCAUCUCGGCGGUACUCACGGCGGGAAUCGCAGGCCGACGCCGUUUAUGUGUUUGGUUACGAAGAUGCUGCAGAUUCAGCCGGAGAAGGAUAUUGUUGUGGAGUUUAUUAAGAAUGAAGAUUACAAAUAUGUAAGAGUUCUUGGAGCUUUUUAUUUGAGGCUUACUGGGACAGAUAUUGAUGUUUAUCGUUACUUGGAGCCAUUAUACAAUGAUUAUCGGAAACUGAGGCGUCAAUUAGCUGAUGGAACUUUUGCUUUGACACAUAUGGAUGAGGUUAUUGAUGAACUUCUGACAAAAGAUUAUUCUUGUGAUAUUGCUCUGCCGCGCAUGAAGAAAAGAUGGACUAUUGAAUCUAUUGGGGCACUAGAACCCAGAAAAAGUGCACUUGAGGAUGAUUUUGAGGAGGAAGAGGAAAAAGAUGAGGAUGAUCAUGUCAUGGCUGAUAUAGAAGAUGCGGAUAAUGACAAGGCUCAUCACCGUGGACGCAGCCCAGCAAGGGAAAGAGAUAGAGGACGAGACAGUCACAGAUACAGGGACCGAGAUUAUGACCGAGAAUAUGAUCGUGAUUAUGACAGAGACCGUGGAAGAGGGCGCGACAGAGAUAGGGAUAGGGAAAGAGAUAGGGACCGUUAUAGGCUGAGAGAUGAAAAGGACUAUGGCCGAGACAGGGAUAGAGAUAGGGACAGGGAAGGUAGAGAGCGAGAUAGACGAGACAGGGACCGUGUUAGGCGGAGGAGUCAUUCAAGAAGCAGAAGUAGAAGUAGGGAUCGCAAAGAUCGUGAUGGGGAAGAACGACGCAAGAGACAUCGUGGAAGUGCCAGCCCAAGAAAGCAUGGUGAUGGGGUUGAAGAUGGCACUCGUGAUGACGUGAAAAAGAAGGAAAAGAAAGAGAAAAAGGAGAAAAAGGAGAAGAAGGAUGAUGGCACAGACCACCCAGAUCCAGAAAUUGCAGAAGCAAACAGGCUCAGGGCAUCCCUUGGAUUGAAACCACUGAGAAUGUGAGAAAUGGAUGCGUUGAACGAGCUUAAUGCAAUCUGAUUAUAGAAGGUUUAACAAAUGUACUACUCUGAACAUUAAUUUUGACAAGGCUUGUGUGCCGUUGUUUAGUUAUUAAACAGGUUUUUGCAGUGUCCUCUGUUUCCCCAUAAAUUGGGAUCAUCUGAGUCAAUAUUCUGUUGUAUGAUACUAUUGAGUCAAUGUUGGUUUGUUACUGUAUAUUAAGCAGGGGCAUAUUUGAAGUCUAAA